AUGGAAGGUCGUGAAGGUUUGCCUAUUGACAAGAGUUUUCCUACCUCUGCUCUCGAGACACUCACUCCCGCUAAUGUCAUCUUGGACGAUAAAAAUACCCAAUCCGAAGCCAAUAUAUCCGAAGAGUACAAUACAACGGGUCAAGGUAAAUUGAUCAGAAAGAAGUACAAGGUUGAUUUUGCAGGCAGAAACUUCCAAAGAUAUUGUGUUUUUGGCUCCUGUUCUCUCCGAUUAAAACUUUAUUUAAUCUAUUUGAUGGCAUUCUGUCAGCGUCAAAAAGCAUCCUAUGUUGUUGGUAGAGAGGUAUUAUCACCUAUGGGUGUUGGAAAGAUGUACAGAGAAUUCGCCACCUACUGUCAAUCCGAGAUGCUUGCUGCAAUGAUGGUAUUCACAAACCCUGAUAAUUACCCCAUUGAAGUUCAUUGUACCCAAGGAAAAGACAGAACCGGUAUUGUCUCUGCUUUUGUCUUGACCAUUGCUGGCGUGCCUCAAGACGUCAUUGUGAAUGACUACACAAAAACCCAAAAGGGUUUAGCCCCCAUUUACGAUGCCAUGUUGGAAGAAGUCAGAAGAUCUGGUUUAUCCGAAGAUUUUGCCCAGGCUCCUGCUUCUGUAAGUUGUUGUUUUGGACUCUAA